AUGGCAACAGUGCAGCUGCAAAGAAAUUCAGUGAAUACAGUGGUUUUUCCACCAGUGGUUGAAACGCAGCAGCAGUCUCUAAUGCUUGUGAAAAGACUUCUGGCAGUAGCCAUUUCAUCUAUCACAUACCUAAGAGGACUGUUUCCAGAACGAGCCUAUGGGACUAAAUAUGUGGAAGAUCUGUGUGUAAAAAUUCUUAAGCAAGAUAAAUCAUGUCCAGGAUCUUCACAAAUAGUAAAAUGGAUGUUGGGUUGUUAUGAUGCUCUGCAAAAGAAAUAUGCUUUGUCCCAGAGGAUUUGCAUUCGAGCUUCUAUAGUAGUGUUCUGGAAAUUGCGCACCUUAGUCUUGACGGUCAUCACUGAGUGUUAUCAGUUUAGAUUUAAAUACACAGAAGAAGGACCUGUUGUUAAUUGUGGAAGCUUUGAAAAUACAGAAGCCAGGGUGACCUCUGCUGAUACAAAAAAGGCCUGCAUUCUCUUGAUUCGCAAACUUUAUGUGUUAAUGCAAAAUUUAGGACCCUUGCCUAGUGAAAUCUCUUUAACUAUGAAGCUUUUUUACUACGAUGAAGUGACUCCACAAGACUAUCAGCCUCCUGGAUUUAAGGAAGGAGAAAAUGAUGACAUGGUAUUUGAAGGCAUGCCAGUGCAACUGAUGGUAGGAGAUGUUUCCACACCCUUCCAUACUCUAAAGCUCAAGAUAACAACAGAGAGCAAUCGCCUAGAAAAUGUGAUGCACAGUGACCUUAACACAAAUAAGUCCAAGCAAAUGAUGGAGCUUGACAAAGAAGAGGAAUUCAGCACACAAGACAGCAACAUAAGCAUCCGACAAGAACAGUUUCCAGUGAUGGAUAAGCUAAACAACAACACAACCAACAAGACAGCAUGUGAAAAGAAAGAGAACCCUGAGAAAAUGUUGUUCGGACACGUUGCAACAACGCCAGAACCUUCCUUCACCAAGUCUGGAAUGGAGAGGAAGAAGGGCAAGCAGAACAGCAUCGCCAGCGGAAGAGCCAUGCUCGCAAUGGCCGACGCUCGGGAGGAGUCACGGAGCAGCCUUACAAGUCUGGAGAAGCAUCCAGGAAUCAACGAUCGCUCUAAGGCUCCGCGGGAAAAAGAAGACUGUUCCGAAGACGAUGGCAUGCUCCUGUUCGAGCCAGAGCGCAUGGAAGAAGACUUCCGCAUGUCGGCGGCCGGCGAGGGACACAGCAUCAACCCCGGUGCUUUCUAG